AUGGCGAUACGUGGAGUAGACCAGAGCAACGUCCCACCACCAUUACCGCCUCCUCGCUUGGUUCCCGUGAACGGCCCUGUCGAUCCCAAGGCCCAAUUCCAAUUCCGUGACAGCAUGCGCCGGGAUGAGUAUGGCAGCUCCGACGCCGACUCGUUCGGCCACAGUUUCCGUCGCCGGGAACCUUCGUUCCGCAGCGACAUCUCCGAUGACGGGUAUCACAGCUUUGACAGCAUCAGGUCCGCCGGCUUCCCUUCACCAUUUGGCCAUCAAACGAUGAAGAGCUUCCGACCGAGCGGAGACUCGAUUGAUAAUUCUAUGCUCGAUAAACUGAACCGUCCUGCUCGCCGCCCGGGUCUGAGCGCCUCCGUGAACGACCUGCCCCGAAAUCGCCCCCACCAUGCCCAACUCACCACACUCUCCCUCCCUCACCGGACACGGCAGCCAUUUCUCGAAGCGAAUUUUACCAAAUCCCCCGUGCCAAUAUCAGCCACAUCGCCAAUUGCCUCUCCUUUCGGUCAUUAUCCCCGAGGACUAAGUGACCACCGUUCACCGAUCGCGGCAGAGGGCGGUGGCGAUUACGAUCGUUCCCCGCUCCCUCGCGUCCGGAGAAUGCAUAGCGGCUUUGCGGCGGAUGAGGGCGUGCAGCCCGGUUAUAACGGAUACGACAUGCGUGAGGACGAGACCGACUUUCCGAUGGAGGAAACGACUCGGAUGCGUAGCCUGGCGAUCGAGGACCAAUGGAGGGACCGAGAUCGGGACUGGGAUCGAGAGCGACAAAGGGACCAGGAGAAGGAAAAGGACCGAGAGUGUUACCAGCCAGGUCAGAAACGAAGGGCUUCUUCGCCCCCCAGCGACGACGCGUCUUUCGCUAGUGACAUGCUGAGGAGGAGGGAUGGCGGCUUGGUCUCUCGAGGCUCGCCAACACCACGGCUGCUGGUCAUCCCCCAGCACCAGCACUCGGUUUCCAGUAUUUCUUCCGCGAGUCGGAGCGGUAGUUUUGCAAGUAACCUCACCGCGAGCAGCAUUACGAGUAUGGGCUCCUUCGGACGCCGCUCGCCGGGCGGCUUGUCCCCAACUGAUCCGAUGAGCACGAGCACCAGCGCCUACCCACCGCCCAACAACACAUCCACCUCCCCCCGUCUUUCGGCGGGUCCACCGGCCGGUGCGCCGUCGCCGCAACACCGGAACCCGGGUGAGCCGUUAUUGCCAACGCAGAUCACGCGCACUGUCGCAUCGCCACGGAAGUUGGCAGAAAUUCCAAAAAGCCACGGCGGGUUGGCUUCUAAGCUUAAGGGUCCUUACAUGUGCGAAUGUUGCCCAAAGAAACCCAAGAAGUUUGACUCAGAGGAAGAACUACGAGCCCAUGAAGCCGAGAAACAGUACGAGUGUUCCUUUUGCGGAAAUCGGUUCAAAAACAAGAACGAGGCGGAAAGACACCAAAACUCGUUACAUGUUCGGCGUCACAGCUGGUCUUGUUCGGCAUUGACAGGUUACGAGCGCGCAUUUCACGACAGCACGACUCGCCCCGGCGAAGCCGACGUCUGUGGAUAUUGUGGGGAAGAGUUUCCUCGCAGCGGAAAUAACAAGGGCACAGCGUGCGUGAACGAGCAGGAUUGGGAGGAUCGCGUCCGGCAUCUCCAGGACGUACACAAAUUUCGGGAGUGCAACUCGAGCAAGAAAUUUUACCGGGCCGAUCAUUUCCGCCAACACCUCAAGCACAGCCAUGCGGGCACGAGCGGGAAGUGGACAAACAUGCUGGAAAACGCGUGUAUGAUGGAAGAGGAGCCCCCCGUUCCCACCAGAUGA